AUGGCGAAGGGUCGCCCGCGAAUCUCGGGGCUGUAUAUCUACCCAAUAAAGUCGUGUGGAGGUAUCACAGUUGCCUCAGCUGCGGUAACUGCGACAGGCCUGCAGUGGGACCGGCAAUGGAUGGUGGUGGGAGCUCCAACCUCUACCUCUUCCGCAUCCGCAUCCGCGUCCUCUCCCCCUCUGCGCUUCAUCACGCAGCGCCAGUGCGCUCGCAUGGCGCUCAUCCGCACCUCCCUUCCGCCUGAGGCUCUGCUUCCGCCGCACACGUGGGCGCACACACUGCCCCCUGACGCGUGCCUCUCCAUAACUGCCCCUGGGCACCCCCCCCUGCACGUCCCCCUCGCCCUCUCCUGGUACCACGACCAAGCGAGGAGGGGGGAGGGCACACGAGCAGAGGGACGAGCAGGCGGAGGAGCAGAAGGAGAAAGAGGAGGAGGGGGGGGAGGCGGGGGAGGAGAGGGGGGCAGUGGGGGGAAUGGGGAGGGUGGGGGGAGGUGGGUGGCGGUGACGGUGUGGGGGUGGACGGGCAGGGCGCUGGAUGCAGGGGAGGAUGCAGCGCACUGGUUCUCCUCAGUCAUUGGCAGACCCGUGCGCCUCGUUCGCUUUGACACUGCGCAUGUGGUGCGGCCUACCAACGCUGCCUUUGCAGAGGGCUUCCAGACGUCCUUCGCUGAUGGCUACCCCAUGCUGCUCCUCUCCCAGCCGUCGCUCUCAUUGCUCAACGCGCGCCUCUCCGACCCCAUUCCCAUGAACCGCUUCCGACCCAACAUAGUGGUGGAGGGGUGCGAGCCAUUUGAUGAGGACACGUGGCGCAGCUUCUCCAUAGCACGCAGCAGCAACACAGCAGCAGGGGAGGAGGCGGAUGAGAGCCUUGGGUCUGGGUCUGGGUCUGGGUGUGAAAGCUCUGGUGCUGCCUCGGCUGGUGUGUUUCGUGGAGUGAAGCCGUGCUCGAGAUGCAAGAUCACUACAAUCGACCAGCUCACAGCUGAAUCCGGCAAGGAGCCCCUUCAGACCCUCCUCAAGUUUCGACGAGGAAAAGACCUGGGCCUUCCAACAAGCUUGCAAGACCGUCGUUUAGUGGGUUCUAAAGGAGUGGCCGAGACGUCCAUGGCGUCGAAAGCGGUGUCGUCAACGCUGUCGCGCGAGUCAGCAGACUCUUUCUGGGACGACGAUGACGACGUGCCAGCGCAUCGCACGGGUGCUUACGACGUCGAAUCCGCGCAUCUCGCGAGAUCCGCCGGACCAGACGGACGGUCCGGAUUAGCCGACAGCCGCGAUGGCGAGCUUGACUCACUCAUGCCCGCAGCGGGCUCCCGCUCCGCACACCUCGGCGCAGCACGCGCGGAAAACGGCCUGCGCGCGGACGACUACCUGCACGGUGCAGGCGCGCGCUUGGGGCCCGGCGGAAGAGAAGCGGAGAAGCGGCUCCGCGAGCACGAGAUGGAGCGCGCGUACCGCGGGUGGCCGUCGUGCUGGCAAAUCUGGGGGGAGAUCCUCGACCAAAUGGAGCUCGGCGCGCCUCUUUCCGCCGCGAAUCUGCUCAGCUUCGCGCGCUUCCUCUUCUCCCUCGCGUUCCUCGGCCGCCGCAGCACCCUGCAGCUCGCAGCCGCCGCCGUUGCAAUCACCUUCACUAAUGUCACGGGCUUCUCACUGCUCAUCGGCCUCGCUUCCGGGAUCGAGCCCUUGUGCGCACAGGCGCACGGCGCGCAGCAGCCGAGAGCCAUGGGGCUGCUGCUGCGCCGCUCGACGCUGCUCCUCACGCUCGCGUCUAUCCCCAUCGCGAUCAUCUGGUCGAAUUCCCAACGGCUGCUCCUCGCAGCGGGACAAGACGCGCCGUUAGUGUCUGAAGCCACGACCUUCAUCCUCUGGCUUCUCCCCGACCUGUUCCUGUCCGCGCUAGUCAACCCGCUGCGGAUUUUCUUGCGCGCGCAGGGUAUAGUUCGCCCUGUGCUGGUUGGGGCUGCGCUGUCGCUCGCAGUGCACGUGCUGGCGACGGCGCUGCUGGUCGCAGGGCCUGUGAGGCUCGGCUGUGCUGGCGCUGCUGCUGCUGCAUCGAUCUCCGAUCUGUUCCUCUGGCUGCUGAUGCUGUUUUAUCUGCAUUGCUUCACUGACGUGCCACGGAGGUGCGGCCUCCUCGUCCCCCUCUCCUUCUCCGCCUCGCCUCUCACCUCAGCAGCCGCGGCAGCAGAAUCAGGAGUCAGUUCCCCCCGGUCCCCCCAUUCCCCCCGGUCCCCCCGCCCUCUUACCUCCCCCACCUCCCCCGCCUCCCCUCUCUCCCCCACGCGCCAUCUCUCCGCGCGCCCCUCCUCCCUAGCGCAAUGGGGCCCGCUUAUCCGCAUGUCUCUCCCCGCCUGCGCCACCAUAUGCCUCGAGUGGUGGUGCUACGAGCUCUGCAUGCUCCUCUCAGGCCUCCUUCCAGACGCCACGACAUCAGUUGCCGCCCUUGCCAUCCUCUUCAACCUAGAUUCGAUUCUCUACUCGCUCACUGCCGGCCUGGCUGCCGCAGCAGGCACCAGAGCAGGGAACCUACUAGGCUCGGCAUUCCCGAUCCUAGCGCGGAACGCGGCACUAGUUGCCCUGGGCUGUUCUUUAAUGCUGGGUAUUACCCAGCUAGCUGUUCUCUGGGCGGCUAGAGAAGCCUUAGGCCACGUGUUCACCUCAGAUGCGGCUGUGCUUGAAGCUGUCACUGCGCUGCUGCCGAUUCUAGGGCUUCUUGAGCGGACCUAG